AGAGAGAAAUCCCUGAGAAGCUUUGCUCAAGAGAGUCUCAUUCAGUUGAUGGGAUCUUGGAGCGGAAGAAAGGAUGGGAAGUUCUCUGUGGCUCAUUUUCAGCUUCAUUGCUGUGGCGGCUGCUCAGAGCCCCGAAGAGGAGGUAAAAAAAUUUCUGACACAGUUCAACCAGCAGGCAGAAGAUCUGUCUCAUGAGAGCUCACUGGCUUCUUGGGAAUAUAAUACCAACAUCUCUGCUGAGAAUGCCAACAAGAUGGCUGAAGCCGGAGCUAAAUGGUCUGCGUUUUACGAGGAAGCAGUCAACAAUGCCAGUAAAUUUGAUCUCAGUCAAAUUUUAAAUGCCAGUCUCAAACUGCAGCUGGAAUCUUUCCAGAACAGAGGCUCCUCGGUCUUGACAGAGGACAAGCAGAAGAAGUUAAGCGAAGCUCUAAAUUCAAUGAGCACUCUCUACAGCACCGGAACAGUCUGUAAACCUGGAAAACCACACGAAUGUCUGCUGCUUGAACCAGGUCUGGAUGAUAUUAUGGCACAAAGUACUGAUUACAGCGAGAGGCUGUGGGCCUGGGAAGGCUGGAGGGCUGGUGUUGGAAGGCAGAUGAGACCGUUCUACGAAACCUAUGUGGAACUUAAAAAUGAAGUCGCUAGAGGAAACAGCUACAAGGACUACGGGGAUUAUUGGAGAGCAAAUUAUGAAACUAAAGAGAAAGGAUACGAAUACAGCCGUGAGCAGCUUAUUAACGAUGUGGAACGCACCUUUGAAGAGAUAAAACCACUGUACAAGCAACUCCACGCCUAUGUGAGAUCCAAAUUGGUACAAAAGUAUGGCAACAAUCUAGUCAGCCCAACCGGAUGCCUCCCUGCUCACUUGCUUGGUGAUAUGUGGGGUAGAUUUUGGACAAAUCUGUACCCUAUUACAGUCCCCUAUCCAAGUCAGCCCAAUAUUGAUGUAACCGAUGAAAUGGUGAAGCAGAAAUGGACUGAAACGAGAAUUUUUAAGGAAGCUGAGAAGUUUUUCAGCUCUGUUCACCUCCCAAAUAUGACAGAUGGUUUCUGGAAAAACUCCAUGCUCACAGAGCCUAAAGAUGGCAGAAAAGUUGUUUGCCAUCCCACAGCCUGGGAUCUGGGAAAGAAUGAUUUCAGGAUCAAGAUGUGCACGAAGGUGGCAAUGGACGACUUCUUGACUGCUCACCACGAGAUGGGUCACAUCCAGUAUGACAUGGCCUAUGCCUCACAGCCUUACCUACUGAGAAGUGGAGCCAAUGAAGGGUUCCAUGAAGCAGUGGGGGAGAUCAUGUCACUGUCUGCAGCCACACCAAUGCAUUUGAAAUCCCUUGGUCUCUUAGCGCCAGAUUUCCAGGAGCUCCAAGAAACUGAAAUUAACUUCCUUCUCAAGCAAGCCCUCACCAUUGUUGGAACCCUGCCCUUCACUUACAUGCUCGAGAAAUGGAGAUGGAUGGUCUUUAAAGGGGAGAUUCCGAAAGACCAAUGGAUGGAAAAGUGGUGGGAGAUGAAGCGGGAGAUAGUUGGUGUGGUCGAACCUUUUCCACAUGAUGAAACGUACUGUGAUCCUGCAGCUCUCUUUCACGUUUCUAGUGAUUACUCUUUCAUCAGAUACUACACGAGGACCAUUUAUCAAUUCCAGUUCCAGGAAGCGCUUUGUAAACUUGCUCAACACAAGGGUGAUCUUCAUAAAUGUGACAUCACCAAUUCUAUCCAGGCUGGGGAAAAAUUAAUUGAGAUGCUGAAACUUGGAAAGUCAAAAUCCUGGACCUAUGCACUAGAGAGUGUGACACAAACAAAGAAUAUGGAUGCUGGACCACUACUCAAGUACUUUGAGCCUCUGGCAAAGUGGCUGAAUGACACAAACAAGAAUUCCUACGUGGGUUGGAAUGUUACCUGGGCUCCUCCCACCUGGGAUCUGGAGAAUGCCAUCAAAGUGAGGAUAAGUUUGAAAUCGGCAUUUGGAGAUGAUGCAUACGAGUGGAAUGAAAAUGAAAAAUACCUGUUCCAGGCAACAAUCGCGUACGCCUUGAGGCAAUAUUACUUGCAAGUCCAGAAUGAGACCGUGAAUUUCCAGACUGAUGACGUGAUCAUAUACCACGAGACUUCCAGGAUUUCCUUCUAUUUCAAAGUUCAAAACAGAAAAGACAACACAAUUCUUCCCAAGCAAGAAGUGGAAAAAGCAAUCAGGAUGUCUCGGGGCCGCAUUAACAAGGCCUUCCAACUGGACGACAACACCCUGGAGUUUCUGGGCAUUUCUCCUACACUAGCACCACCAAAUGUGCCACCUGUCACCAUCUGGCUAAUUCUUUUCGGCGUGGUGAUGGGUGUUGUGGUGAUCGGAAUCGUUGUACUGAUUGCGACUGGGAUAAGAGAUAGAAAGAGGAAAAACAAAAAAGGAGAAUUACGUGAAGAAAAUCCCUAUGCUAUUGGAAAUGGGUCAGAAAAUCUGGGUUUUGAAAACGAUGAAUCCCAGACAGAAUUCUAGUAAACUUUUUUCAGUUUUUCUUCCAUA